AGAGUUUAAAUAUUUGGGAUUAUGGUUUGACGGAAGGCUCACAUGGAGGAAACAUGUGGAGUUUAUAGAACAGAAGUGCAGGAAGGUGCUGAAUCUGAUGAGGGCUGUGGCAGGUGUAGACUGGGGGGCAGAUAGGAGGACACUGUUGUGUAUGUAUCAGGCACUGGUAAGAUCCACGAUAGACUAUGGGUGUUUUAUUUAUGGAGCUGCGGCCAAGACGGUGAUACAGGGAUUGGACAGGGUGCAAUCACGAGCACUGAGGCUGUGUGUGGGGGCUAUCAGGACCACUCCAGUAGUGGUGUUGCAGGUGGAUACAGGGGAAUUGCCACUGAGCUUGAGGAGGGACAAGUUGGCGCUGUCGUAUUGGGGCAGGCUGAAGGGGCGUGCUGAAAGCCACACGGCGGUUGUGGCAACUAGGGAGUGUUGGGAGAGGGACAAGAGUAGUUUGAGGAUGUAUGGGUGGACAAUAGGGCAGAAAGUGACAGAGUAUGGCUUGGAGGGGAUAGAGAUAGGACCAGCGAUUGCAUUGGGGCCCAUCCCUCCGUGGAUGUUCCCGAUGCCAAGAGUGGAUGUAGGCAUGAUGGAGGAGAGGAGGGAGUGGGGCAAGGGGGACGUGAGUGUGUGUGUGGAGAAGUAUGUCUGUAAACGGUUUUAUGGUUUUGUAAGGGUGUACACUGAUGGAGCUAAGGUAGUGAAUGGGGGUAGAGCGGGUGCAGGAGUGCAUGUGCCUGAGUUCAGUGUGAGUAUCUGUAAAAGAGUCACUGAUAAUGUGUCGGUGUAUACAGCAGAGAUGGUGGCUAUGAUCAUUGGGUUGAGAUGGGUGGAGGAUGUGACACCAUGUAGGGUGCUGAUAUGUUCAGACUCAGCAGCAGUGUUAAGCAGUGUUCUGGAUGGUAGGUCUGACAGGGAAGACCUACUGGGAGAACUGAUGGGGAUAUUGCUGGGGUUGGAGAGACAGGGAGUAGAGGUGAGGUUCUGCUGGGUUCCUGCGCAUGCUGGAGUGGAGGGUAAUGAGGUGGCUGACAUGGUGGCAAAGAGUGCUGUAAGGAGGACUGAUGGUGUAAGGGUGUCGUUAGGGCGCAGGGAGGUUAAGUCGUUGAUACGGGAAGCAGGGAUUGCGGAGUGGGAGAGACAGUGGGGUGAAGGUGGUAAAGGGAGGCACUUCCGGGGUAUAAAUAGGUCAGUGAAGGAGGUUGGGGGAAUGAUGGGGUGCAGGAGGGAAGAGGUAGUGUGGAGUAGGUUAAGGUAUGGGCACACAGGGUUGAAUGGCACGUUGAGAGUGGUGGCAAAACAUGACACAGGAACACGGGGCUGUACAACAGGAUAUAGAAGGGAGGCCGUGACCGGCCUCACACUCCAGUGCAGUAGGUGGCGGUAUAUGCACCUUUAAGUUGGUGCGAUCUGCCAGUAAACAAAAAAGAAGAAG